AGGAAAAACACAAGUAAUUCCUCCAAGUGUUUUGAGUUCUUCUUCUUCUUAAUUUUCCAAUUAUAUAUAUAUAUAUAUAUAUAUAAAGAAAAGAGAAAUUAUGGAAAAUAACAAAGUAGGAGGAGGUUGUUUAAGUAAUUUCUACCAAAGGGGAAAACCAUACAUAGCAAUGAUUUCAUUGCAAUUUGGUUAUGCUGGAAUGAAUGUUAUAACCAAAGUUAGCCUAAAUGGAGGAAUGAGUCAUUAUGUUUUGGUUGUUUAUAGACAUGCCUUUGCUACUCUUGCUAUUGCUCCUUUUGCUCUUCUUCUUGAAAGAAAACUUAGACCAAAGAUGACUUUCAUGAUGUUCUUGCAAAUAUUUAUAUUAGGUCUUCUUGGGCCAGUGAUUGAUCAAAAUUUCUAUUAUGCUGGACUAAAGUUCACAUCUCCAACAUUCUCAUGUGCCAUGAGUAACAUGCUUCCUGCAAUGACAUUUGUCAUGGCUGUCCUUUGCAGGAUGGAGAAGGUCCAUAUUAAAAAGUUGAGAUGCCAAGCAAAGGUGAUAGGUACAAUUGUGACAGUGGCUGGAGCCAUGUUAAUGACAUUGUACAAAGGACAUGUUAUUAAUUUGGUAUGGGCAAACACAAAUAAUACUUCUAAUGUUUCUCAAUCCAAUGAAACAAGUGAUAAAGAUUGGCUUAAAGGUUCACUUCUUCUUAUUGGUGCUACUUUUGCAUGGGCUUCUUUCUUUAUACUUCAGGCUAUUACAAUGAGGAAGUACACUGCUCCUCUAUCUCUAACUACACUUGUUUGCUUCAUGGGAACUUUGCAAUCAAUUGCUGUCACCUUAGUGAUGGAACAUAAACCUUCUGCUUGGGCAAUUGGUUUUGACAUGAAUCUUCUUGCUGCUGUCUAUGCUGGGAUUGUAUCAUCAAGCCUUGCAUAUUAUGUUCAAGGUCUUGUUAUGGAGAAAAGAGGACCUGUUUUUGUGACUGCUUUUAGUCCCUUGAUGAUGAUCAUUGUUGCCAUCAUGGGUUCUUUCAUUCUUGCUGAGAAAAUCUAUCUUGGAGGUGUGCUUGGAGCAGUGUUAAUUGUAGCAGGGCUAUACUCAGUUUUAUGGGGAAAAUACAAGGAGUACCAAGAGAAGGAAAUUGAGGGACCAUUGAAGGGAGUAGUUACAAAUGACAUAGAAAUGCAAACAAGUGAAGUAGUCAUUGGUGAUCCCAUGCAACAGCCUACCAUCUUGGCUAAGGAAGUUCCAAUAGCUUAAAAAAGGCCGUUCGAU